AUGUAUAUCUUCCCCACGCCGCAUGUAUAUCUUCCCCACGCCGCAUGUAUAUCUUCCCCACGCCGCAUGUAUAUCUUCCCCACGCCGCAUGUGUAUCUUCCCCACGCCGCAUGUAUAUCUCCCCCACGUCGCAUGUAUAUCUCCCCCACGUCGCAUGUAUAUCUCCCCCACGUCGCAUGUAUAUCUCCCCCACGUCGCAUGUAUAUCUCCCCCACGUCGCAUGUAUAUCUCCCCCACGCCGCAUGUAUAUCUCCCCCACGUCGCAUGUAUAUCUCCCCCACGUCGCAUGUAUAUCUCCCCCACGCCGCAUGUAUAUCUCCCCCACGCCGCAUGUAUAUCUCCCCCACGCCGCAUGUAUAUCUCCCCCACGCCGCAUGUAUAUCUCCCCCACGUCGCAUGUAUAUCUCCCCACGUCGCAUGUAUAUCUCCCCCACGUCGCAUGUAUAUCUCCCCCACGUCGCAUGUAUAUCUCCCCCACGUCGCAUGUAUAUCUCCCCCACGUCGCAUGUAUAUCUCCCCCACGUCGCAUGUAUAUCUCCCCCACGCCGCAUGUAUAUCUCCCCCACGUCGCAUGUAUAUCUCCCCCACGUCGCAUGUAUAUCUCCCCCACGUCGCAUGUAUAUCUCCCCCACGUCGCAUGUAUAUCUCCCCCACGCCGCAUGUAUAUCUCCCCCACGUCGCAUGUAUAUCUCCCCCACGCCGCAUGUAUAUCUCCCCCACGCCGCAUGUAUAUCUCCCCCACGUCGCAUGUAUAUCUCCCCCACGCCGCAUGUAUAUCUCCCCCACGUCGCAUGUAUAUCUCCCCCACGCCGCAUGUAUAUCUCCCCCACGUCGCAUGUAUAUCUCCCCCACGUCGCAUGUAUAUCUCCCCCACGUCGCAUGUAUAUCUCCCCCACGCCGCAUGUAUAUCUCCCCCACGUCGCAUGUAUAUCUCCCCCACGCCGCAUGUAUAUCUCCCCCACGCCGCAUGUAUAUCUCCCCCACGUCGCAUGUAUAUCUCCCCCACGCCGCAUGUAUAUCUCCCCCACGCCGCAUGUAUAUCUCCCCCACGUCGCAUGUAUAUCUCCCCCACGCCGCAUGUAUAUCUCCCCCACGCCGCAUGUAUAUCUCCCCCACGUCGCAUGUAUAUCUCCCCACGCCGCAUGUAUAUCUCCCCCACGCCGCAUGUAUAUCUUCCCCACGCCGCAUGUAUAUCUUCCCCACGCCGUAUGUAUAUCUCCCCCACGUCGCAUGUAUAUCUCCCCCACGCCGCAUGUAUAUCUUCCCCAAGCCGCAUGUAUAUCUCCCCCACGCCGCAUGUAUAUCUCCCCCACGUCGCAUGUAUAUCUCCCCCACGCCGCAUGUAUAUCUCCCCCACGCCGCAUGUAUAUCUUCCCCACGCCGCAUGUAUAUCUUCCCCACGCCGCAUGUAUAUCUUCCCCACGCCGCAUGUAUAUCUUCCCCACGCCGCAUGUAUAUCUUCCCCACGCCGCAUGUAUAUCUUCCCCACGCCGCAUGUAUAUCUUCCCCACGCCGCAUAUAUAUCUUCCCCACGCUGUAUGUAUAUCUUCCCCACGCCGCAUAUAUAUCUUCCCCACGCUGUAUGUAUAUCUUCCCCUCUCCCCCUCACGCCUCUUGUAA